AUGGUUGCCAAAAGAUAUUGUAGAGCCGUGGACAAUAUUAAUCACUGGCCGCCGAUCAUCGGUCACUUCACAUUUAAGGAGAUUCGAGCGUGGCCCUGUGACGGUGCGCCCCCACUGCGUUUGGCACGAGUCCCGCAGGCGCCGCGCGGGGAGCUACAGCUUGCUCUUGCGCCAGUACUCCUUCGACCAGCGAUGCUGUGCUGUCUCCGUAAAUAG